AUGACAUUCCAUCACCUGUAUAAAUGCACAAUAUUAUUAUAUUAAACUUAGUUAUGCAGUGUAUUUGUUAAUUGAUAGAGACAGACUAUGAAGCAGUAGAAGAUAUGGAAGAAGAAGUGGUAGAGGAAUGGAAAGAAGAAGAGAAAGAGACAAAAGAUUGUGAUGAAGAUAUUAAUCCACCACUGUUUGAUCCUGAGGUGGCUGUGGAGCUACAAGUAUCAGAUCUUGAUUUAGAAUCAGCGAUGCCUGAUGCUCCAGCUACUUCAACUACUCACUCUUGUGAUGACAUGAGAAAGGAAGACCUACAGGAGGAAGAAGAAUUAUCAAAGUUCUUUGAACAUGGAUGUGGUUGCUCAGAUAAUUGCUAUGCACUGUUCAGUCACUCUUACAUAAAAACAUAUAGAUGUGACAUACAAGCCAUCGCAAAGCCUGUUCAAGAAAUUGCUAUUAUGAGUCAAAUGGCAGCAACAUCUACCAUGGGGGGAUUGUCGACAGGCAACCACAGGAGACAGAAAGAGGGAAAGAGGCAAUUUUUUACGUUCAUGCAUCAAGGUCAUAAGAUAUGUAGAGUAACAUUUCUGAAGCUACAUGCAUGUGGCAAAAGCAGGUUUGAGGAAGUCAUAAAAAACUACAGAAUGAAUGGAUUAAUACCAAGAGUUCACGGAAAUGCUGGAAAGACACCAAACCAUGCUUUGACUUAUGAUGAUAUUCUCCGGGUUGUUGCUUUCAUCAGAAAUUACGCUGAAGUCCAUGGAAUCAGUCUUCCUGGAAGAAUACCUGGAAUGAAAAGUUACGAGAAUAAGAAGUUCUUACCAUGCAGUACAUCUAAAAGGCAGGUAUACUUAGAGUAUGCGGAAUCAUGUGAAGGGCUUUAUGUCAUGUUAACUUUAUGUUAACUUUAAGACUUGGAACAGUUUCGGCCAGCUCUUAAAAGACAGCUGGAACUAAUAGAGGAAGGAAGGAGGGAGAGAGGAG